CAGAGCUUGAGAGCCACAAUCGCUUCUCGCUUCAGCCGCCUUACCGCUCUCCUUCGACCUCCACAUUUUUGCCGACGCCUUGUGAACCUUGACAUCAGGUGUCACUAGACCACAAAGUCUUUGGCUGCCAAUGAGUUCGGGGAGAAAAAUCUGCACUUCGCACCUUCCCCAGUUUGCCGUCGAUCACUCCACCGCCGACUGUACAACAGCAGGCUGCCUCGAUUUGCAAAUUCUGAGAUUUGACUUUGAUUAUUGCGACAACACCAAGGCUUUUACCAGAGAAGAGCAAACACCAAUGGAAAUAGUCCGAUCUGAAAGGAAACCUUCAGUCUCCAAUGGCGUCAUUUCAACUCUCCCUAUCUACCGCUCUGCUCCGCCUCUUGAGGUCAGACUUGAAGACUUUGAGUUGUAUGCCAUUGAUCGACUAAGAGUUUUGAAAGGAAUUUCUGAUGGAUUAUCCCGAGGAAGGAAGCCUGACGAAAUGGCAGAAUUGGUAUCGGAUCUAUGGAAGGCAAAUAUGAGGCAUCCACAGCCAUCUGAAGUUGUCAACAAAGAUAUAAUUUCGCAUUUUGUUCUACGACUUGUGUAUUGCAGGACGGAGGAAUUAAGAAAGUGGUUUCUUUCAAUGGAGACCAUGUUAUUUCGUUACCGCUAUCAGAGAGAAACCUCUGAUGUCCAGAGGGCACUAGUGGCAGAUCUUGACCUUUCUUACAAGCCUGUGAGCAAUGCUGAAUAUGAGAGUGUAAAGGACAAAUUGAGUCAAGUUGCACGUUGCAUUGGCCAACCUUUAUCACGUGCUGAAACAAUAUUUUACAAGGUGCCAUUUGAAGAGGUUCCAGAGCUAGUGGCAGGUCGAAGGGUAUUUAUCCAGAAAGGAAAUGCUUACAUUGCUACACAUCAGUUGGUUUCAUUAGUUAUCAAUCAAUUUCGUAGCAAUCUCUCAAAAGCACUUGCUCUCACCAACAGAAAAUGGACAUCAAUGAUAAGAGAACAGGAAAAGGACCGAUUGACUCCUAUUGUUGAAGCCCUAUCAACAAGUUAUCUAGGCCCAGAUUAUAGCCAGCCACCAGAGUACACAGAAAUAUCAUUGAAGGAUAUUGAUCAAGUUGCUAAGACUUCAUUUCCUUUGUGCAUGCGUCAUCUCUUUGAGAAGCUACGAGAGGAUCAUCAUCUGAAGCAUGGGGGAAGGAUGCAAUUGGGCCUGUUUCUUAAGGGUGUUGGGUUGAAGUUGGAUGAUGCCCUUGCAUUUUGGAAGGCAGAGUUCUCCCGAAAAGUUGGUGCUGAAAAAUUUGACAAGGAAUAUGCGUAUGGCAUACGCCACAAUUAUGGGAAAGAAGGAAAGAGAGUAGAUUACACACCUUACUCUUGCCAAAAGAUAAUAUCAUUAACGCCUGGUGUUGGAGAUCAUCACGGAUGUCCCUAUCGUCAUUUCAGUGAAGAGAAUUUAAGAGCUGCCCUUGGCAAGAUGGGAGUUGGAAACUUUGUAGUAGAGGAUGUGAUAGGCAAAGUACGAAAUAGGCAUUACCAGUUGGCAUGCACGUUAACCUUUGAAGCUAUUCAUGGCGCAUCAUGCGAUGCUGGGAUUAAUCAUCCAAACCAAUACUACAAUGACAGCAAAAAGAUCUUGGAAUCAAGGAACUCCAGCAACUCUUUAGCUUGAGGAGGUAUGGUGUUUUAUCAUCACAAGGGUAAUUAAUAUUGGCUGGGAAUUCCAGACAACUUAAGUGAAAUGUUACUAGUUAACUCACUACAAAAUGUUGCAUUGCAUGCAUAUAUCUCUGUAUUUUGAGAAAUUUAGUCUACUAAAUGUACUAAUGUCCAAGACUGAGGAUUAUUCCAAACUCUUGCAACUAUUCACAAUAUAAUAUUAAUUCAAUAUAUAUAUAUACACCCA